AAAUCAAACCACACACCCUAAAAAAUGACCUCAAUUUCCUACACUCUCUUCAUCAUCUUCAACACCCUAACCCUAACCCUAAUCCUCUUCUCAAUCCCAAUCACCUCUUCCAAUGAAGACAACUUCUCCGAAAACUUACUCGAAACCAUAAUAUCAACUCGAUUGAUGGAGAAAACCACAAACCUCCACUUCUACUUCCAAGACAUAGUCAGCGGCAAAAAUCCGACAUCGGUUCAAAUAAUCGGGCAAGGGCUCGGAUUCGGGGCGACAUUCAUGAUAGACAACGCGCUGACCGAAAAACCCGCCCGGGAUUCCAGGAUCCUCGGGCGGGCACAAGGAAUGUACUCGUCGGCAGCUCAAAGGGACACGGCCUUGUUGAUGGUGGUCGUGUUUGAAUUCACGCAAGGGAAGUACAACGGGAGCACCAUCAGCAUGCUCGGGAGGAACCAUGUGUUUGAUGAUGUAAGAGAAAUGCCGAUUGUCGGUGGGAGCGGGCUUUUUAGGUUUGGGAGAGGGUAUGCAUUAGCGCACACGGUUUGGUUCGAUCCUAAGACGGGUGAUGCUUCCGUGGAGUACAAUGUGUCCAUUAAACACUUUUGAAAACGAAAAAAAAAAUGUCGGUUUUUUGCGAGCUUAUUAAUGACGUUUAUUUUUUUUUAUUUUUUUUUUUUUGAAAAAGACGUUUAUUUAAAUUAUAUUAAGAUCAUAUAUAUAUAUGUUUUCUUGUAAUUUGGCAUUGAGUUGUAGUCUUGUUUUGUUUGAGGCAUCCAACUAAUUAAUAAAGGAUUGUUUUCUUCUAA